AUGCUGUCUGUAUCAACAUCUCCGAUGCCAACAGCAUUGGCUCAUCCUACCACUUGUCCAUCCACAUCCACAUCCACAUCUGCAUCUGCAUCACAGUCACAAUUACAACUGCAGCAUUCGAAUAAAAGUCAUGUAAACACUCUACAGGAGACCUCAUCCACAAUACAUAAUAACGAAGCACAACCAAAGAAUGUUGCGAGAAGCAACUCUAAAGUGACAGAGCACUCUACAAAACGAGAGCAGGAGCAAAGCAACAGUGCCUUUUCACGCGAACCACUGCUUGUGCAGCUGCAUAAAACAAAUACGUCCAACAACUGUUCACCAUUUACGUCUCCAAGAGCCAGUCGUCCAGAAAAUAUGUAUCAAAAUGACAAACUAAAUAUAACACCUGGUAUUAGUACUAUUGCCACCACUGCAGCCAAACCUACAGCAACUACAACUACUACAACAACUACUACUACUACUACCACCACUACCACAGACACCACAACAGCAGCAACAUUGAACCGACUGAGAGGUGUUCUGACUUCUGCACGCAACGCCAAUGAUCUUUUGAAACAAAAUACAGGCAACCAGAAUUUUGAAAAUGCCUCGCGACUGCCGCUGGCUUUUCCAAACAGAAUGACUCAAACCCCAAUAAUCAACUCGUCCAAAAACUCUACCCCCGGGUACUCUUCGCCAGUCAAAGAAACAAAGCGUGUUUUACUUGAAUACGAUCCAAUUACACGCAGAAAAGUACUAAACACGUACGAAAUUUUGAGAGAAAUAGGCAAAGGAGAGCAUGGAAAAGUCAAAUUGGCAAAAGACUUGAUCAAUCAAGAAUUGGUGGCUAUAAAGAUCUUAAACAGGAAAUACAAGAAAGAAAGACCGUCUUUACGACAAAGAAGAGACUCAAAAGCACCCAUCGUUAACGAAUACGAAAGAAAGAUUAAAAGGGAGAUUGCAAUUAUGAAAAAAUGCAGGCAUAAACAUAUUGUAGCUCUUAAAGAGGUGUUGGAUGAUACAAGUUCGCACAAGAUCUAUAUGGUUCUCGAGUACAUGGAAAAAGGAGAGAUCAAAUGGAAAAGACUUCAAUCUGAUCUUUCGAGAAAAUUUUGCAGCAACAUUGACGAAAAAGAUAUACCAUGUUGUGGAUCGAGUGCAGAACCACGUCAACCACACCAUCGGCUCUCAAGCGAAGAGGACUUGUUGUCCAAUAAAUAUUCGCCAAAUUUGACAUUUAAACAAUCAAGAAAAGUUUUUAGAGAUGUGUUGCUCGGUUUGGAAUACCUCCACAUGCACGGCGUUGUACAUCGUGAUAUUAAGCCUGCCAAUUUACUUGUUUCGGCCGAUAAUGUUGUGAAAAUAAGUGAUUUUGGUGUUUCUUUUGCAUCUUCAUUGAGCAAUUGCGAAGAGGGUCAUUUGAUCAAUGAGUUUGAUUUGGCCAAAACUGCAGGAACACCAGCAUUUUUUGCACCCGAGCUUUGUAAUUUGGAUUGCGAUGAUAAUGGGGUAUGCAGAACAUCAACAAAAAUCGACCACAGAAUUGAUAUCUGGGCUCUUGGUGUUACUUUGUUUUGCCUCUUGUUUGGUAAAGUACCUUUUAACGCGGAUUCCGAGUUUGAAUUAUUCAAUGUUAUUGUGAAUAAACCCUUGAAAUUACCCGAAUCAGUUGAAGAAUUUUGCUCACCGGGCCCAGUGAGCCAGGAUGAGUUUGAGUUAGCAUGUGAUUUGUUGAGAAAAAUGCUCUGUAAGGAUCCAGACGAGAGGUUAACCAUUGAACAAAUCAAAGAGCAUCCAUUUACAUUGAUGGAUUUGGGCGAGAGUGUCGAGUCCCUCCAAGAGUUGUUCAACCUCAAUAAUGAAAACGGUCAACCUACUACCCUUGAUUUUAACUUGGAUGAUUGUGAUAUUGUUACCAAUGAUGAAAUCAACAAUGCCAUUAUUGGGGUUGGAGCACGAAUCAAGAGAAGUUUGGUUAGAGCGAUCAAAGCUGGCGGAUUAUCAGAAUCAGAGAUUCGUGGUAAAUUUCAUUCUAUGGAGUAUCAACGAUCAAAACGAGGCUCAGCCGGCUCUAGCGAUGAAUCUUCUAGUGGUUACUCGAAUUUGAAUUCAAGUGUCAAGCUUAAUCAAAUGCACAAUAAUCACUCCGUCAUACUAUCAGAACAACCACUUGUAGCUUCAGUUUCCCCGUUAUUACUCAAUGGUGAUUCAACAACUUCGUUAUCGAAAACAGGUGAUGAAUCUGGCCAGAAUAUUUCUAAUAGUCAAAUCAAUCCGAACAACCACCAACAUAAUCCCCAUAUUCCCUCACAGUUGUCUCAUCAGAUUCCUACGCGAUCAAGUUCUUCAAUUGCCUUUCAUAAUCCUUACUCACUCACGCAACUACGAGAAGGCGGUAAAAGUAUCUUGCAUGAAAUGAUUGAACCACAAAGUGCAAACUCGAGUCGACGAGGAAGCGCUGGCGGUAUUGAGGCGCCACAGAUUGAGACAAAGAGAAAUGUUGGAGGUAAUUUAUACCUUAAAAACCAGUCUGUGCUUGAGACUUUUAAAGGAAUCCAACAAGAAGAUAACAAAAGACGACGGUCGAGUUUGUUCAACCCAGCACAUCCAAGUACUUCAAACAAGAGUUCGAUCUCAACUGAUGGCCACGUUGCACAUGCUCAUAGUAGAUUAAACGAGGAACAAAAAGGACAGGAUUUGCCUGUGCAAGUACAAAAAUCAUCAGGACUAGCACCAGCGGCAGAGCCAGAACCAGCAACAACAGCAACAACAGCAACAGCCGCACCACCACCACCAGCACCACCACUUGUCACUCCAAUCCCAGUACCUGCAAUAAAGCCGAAUUUUGAGUUCUAUCAGAAUAGAAUAAAUCGAAUGGAUGCUAAAUCCGAUAUUCUCUCGCCGACGGAUGAUGACGAGCAAACAGGAAAGGGUGGAAAAUUCAAAUCCAGAGGCAAUUUCGAUGAUGAUGACGACGACGACGACGACGAAGAAGAAGAGGAGGAUGGUCCAUUUUUCAAAGGUUCUAUGCUCAAGCAGCUUGGUCUUGAUGAUCAAAUGGAAAGCUCGUUUAUGUCGUUACCGCUAAAUGAGAGUUUUGCCUCAUUGGAUAGUUUUAAUGACGAUUACUUAUCAAUGAAGUACAAAGAGUUUGCAGAGAAUGGGAAAGAUCCAUCUGCUAUCCAUGCAAAGCAAAUGCUUAGACGUAAAUCAAGCUUUUCCGAAGCCGACUUGCAUCGCUCUGAAAUCGCUAAUGGGUUGGCUAGUAGGUUUGAAAAUUUUAAUUUGGCCAAUCAGAUGAACCGCGUUGGCGAUAACAUGACAUCUUUACAUGCUAAAAAACAUAGCGAUGAGGAAGGAAUUGCACCUGGUUCAGGACAAGUUGAGUUUUUUUCGAAUAGGUCAAAUAGUGACUCGUGCUCGUCGUAUUCAAGCAAUUCCUCAUCCAGUGAUGAAGAGGACGAAGUUGGUGAUGACGACAAUAAUAACAAUGAGUCUGAUGAUGAAUCAGAUGAAGAAAAGCUAACCUUGGCUUUUCAUUCGAAACUUGCUCCUUCCAAUAGGCCACCAUUUUUGUCACCAAAGAACCGUGCAAAGUCCCACGAUUCUCAUAUACCGUAUUUGCAUGGCACUAUGCAACGGGUCGAUGAUGUUGCACCAGUGAUUUUCCAUACUGGGUCUCCGGAGUUUGAAGAUGUUCCGCUGGCAUUGAUGGAGGCAGCACCAAUAAGUAACAACUUGCGUGUUCAGACGCCUACUGUAAUCAAUGGAGGCUUUGAACAAUUAGACCAGAACAUUGGUCAAAGCAUUGGUCAGAACAUCGAUCAGAGUACUGGUCAAACUAAAGCCAAUGAAUCUAAUAAGUGGACUUCACCCACAAAGGAUAUCAAGCAACGCCGCAAGGACUCUGUUAUUAGCAAAAUAGUUGCUAAUGCUACAAAUAGAUCAGAACCCAAAACGCAACAACAACUCUUUAGAGAAAACAUUUACAAUUAUCAAUUCAAUAAUCACUACAAAAAGGCACCUAUAUUCCUGGCUUUCCCCGAUGCCGUGAAACAUUUGGAUAAUGACCAACAAGCUAUUCUUGAAACUUCACGAAACAAGUUUAACAAUAAUAGGCCCUCGUACUAUCGAUCCAACUCGAUAGCUGUCGGUGUAUUGCAGCACACGAGCGAUGAUAUUGUUGAAGAUAUGAUUGAAAGCAGGAAAAAUAGUGCUCUGCCAGAGAAGAAUGCAUAA